UCUCCUCGAUUCUCUGCUCAUUACCGUAUUCCACGCACCUACACAACCCCAUUUCACCGCCAAUCCGUCAACAUGUCUGGCAUGACCCCCGUUUUCACAAAGGAUGCCUGCCCUCCUGCCGGUCCCUACUCCCAAGCCAUCCGUGCCAACGGCCAGCUCUUCAUCUCUGGCCAGAUCCCCGCUGACGCUUCCGGCAACCUCGUCGAGGGCAACAUCGGCGAAAAGACACAGGCCUGCUGCAACAAUAUCAAGGCCAUUAUUGACGCUGCCGGGUCCAGCGUCGACAAGAUCGUCAAGGUCAAUGUCUUCCUCACUAAUAUGGCCGACUUUGCCGAGAUGAACGCUACUUACGAGAAGUUCUUCACCCACAAGCCUGCUCGCAGCUGUGUUGCUGUUGCUCAACUGCCCAAGGGUGUGCCGGUGGAGAUUGAGUGCAUUGCUCUGCAGUAAACCAGAUCAAUAUCACUGGAAAAGGGUGUCUAUAUAUAGACGAAUUUCAUCGUAACGAGAGACGAAUGAAAUUUAAACAUGAUGAAAUAGCUCCGAUUGUCCGUGAAUUUCGUUCUCAUUAACAAUUAGAUCCUCG